AGCGGGAGCGGGGCCGCCGGAGAGCCAGCCGCACUUGCUGGGCGCCGGGGGAGACGAUAGCCUGCCGGGGGCUGCGAGCGGUGCCACAGACAGAUCUCUUGGCUCCCAGAUGGCCAAUUCCCUGAACGGCCGGAACCCGCGCAAGGGACGGAUCCUGGGCUUCAUCGAUGCUAUUCAGGAUGCUGUGGGCCCCCCUAAGCAGGCAGCUGCUGACCGGAGGACUGUGGAGAAGACCUGGAAGCUCAUGGACAAAGUGGUAAGAUUGUGCCAAAACCCAAAGCUUCAACUCAAAAACAGCCCACCUUACAUACUUGAUAUUUUACCUGACACUUACCAACAUUUGCGACUUAUACUAAGCAAAUAUGAUGACAACCAGAAACUUGCACAACUCAGUGAGAAUGAAUAUUUUAAAAUCUACAUUGACAGUCUCAUGAAAAAGUCAAAACGGGCUAUAAGACUCUUCAAAGAAGGAAAGGAAAGAAUGUAUGAGGAGCAGUCACAGGACCGGAGAAACCUAACAAAGCUGUCCCUCAUCUUCAGCCACAUGCUAGCAGAAAUCAAAGCUAUUUUUCCAAAUGGCCAGUUCCAGGGUGAUAAUUUUCGUAUCACCAAAGCUGAUGCUGCAGAUUUCUGGAGAAAAUUCUUUGGAGAAAAAACUAUAGUGCCAUGGAAAGUAUUUAGGCAGUGCCUUCAUGAAGUUCAUCAGAUAAGCUCUGGUUUGGAAGCAAUGGCUCUUAAGUCCACUAUUGACUUGACCUGCAAUGACUACAUUUCAAUUUUUGAAUUUGAUAUCUUCACUAGAUUAUUUCAGCCGUGGGGUUCAAUCUUAAGGAAUUGGAACUUCUUAGCUGUCACGCAUCCUGGAUAUAUGGCAUUCCUGACAUAUGAUGAAGUUAAAGCAAGGUUGCAAAAAUACAGCUCUAAGCCUGGGAGCUACAUUUUCAGACUGAGUUGCACUCGCUUGGGACAGUGGGCCAUUGGAUAUGUGACUGGCGAUGGGAACAUAUUGCAGACCAUACCUCACAAUAAGCCUCUCUUUCAGGCUUUGAUUGAUGGCAGCCGGGAAGGAUUCUAUCUGUUCCCAGAUGGACGAAGUUAUAAUCCUGAUUUGACAGGAUUAUGUGAACCCACACCACAUGAUCACAUAAAAGUCACACAGGAGCAGUAUGAAUUGUACUGUGAAAUGGGUUCCACUUUCCAGCUGUGUAAAAUCUGUGCAGAGAACGACAAGGAUGUGAAGAUAGAACCUUGUGGACACCUUAUGUGCACUUCUUGUCUUACAGCAUGGCAGGAAUCUGAUGGCCAAGGCUGCCCUUUCUGCCGCUGUGAAAUCAAAGGAACUGAACCAAUCAUUGUGGAUCCCUUUGAUCCAAGGGAUGAAAACUCCAGGUGCUGUAGUAUUAUGGAUAGCUUUAGUAUACCUAUGCUGGACUUGGAUGACGAUGAUGAUAGAGAAGAGUCUUUAAUGAUGAAUCGUUUGGCUUCGGUCCGAAAGUGCAAUGAGAGGCAGAAUUCACCAGUGACUUCCCCCGGAUCUUCUCCUCUUGCACAAAGAAGAAAACCACUUCCAGACCCCUUGCAAAUCCCACAUCUUAGUCUUCCACCUGUACCACCUCGUCUGGAUCUUAUUCAGAAGGGAGUAGCACGGUCACCAUGUGCCAGCCCAACUGGAUCACCAAAGUCUUCUCCUUGCAUGGUGAGGAAACAAGACAAACCUUUGCCAGCACCGCCACCUCCCUUGCGUGAUCCUCCACCCCCCCCACCAGAGAGACCUCCUCCAAUUCCACCAGACAACCGGAUAAGCAGACACCUGCAUCAUCCGGAAAGUGUACCUUCCAGAGACCAACCAACACCCCUUGAAGGCUGGUGUCCCAGAGAUGCAUUUGGGACAAGUCAAUUAGUAGGAUGUCGAAUAGGGAGUGAUGCUUCUCCCAAGCCAGGACUGACUGCAAUUUCAAACAUAAAUGGAAGGCACAACCGCCUAAGUUCUGAACCAGGAUUUAUCAGGAAACAUAGACGUCACGAACUGCCUGCAGAAGGUGCCAAGGUCUUUUCAAAUGGUCAUCUGAUGAAUGAAGAAUAUGAUGUCCCUCCACGGCUUUCACCACCUCUUCCAUCUGCCUCCAUCAUCCCUAGUAUAAAAUGCCCUGUUGCUUCAGCAAAUUCUCUGUCUGAUAAGUCAAGAGAUCACACAGAUGAUGAUGAUGAAUACAAAGUUCCUUCUUCACAUCCUGUAAUACUGAGCUCACAACCACCUCAUAAUCAUAAUAUAAAACCUCUUGCUCGGGUGUGUGAGAAUGGUCAAUGUGCUGGAGUAACAAAUGGGACACACAGUAGUACUUCUGAGAUGAAGAAAUCAAAAUAUCCUGAGUUAGGAGAUGUCUGUGAUGCACCUACUGUUUCCGUACCUUUGCCACCUGCACGACCUCCUACCAGAGACAACCCAAAACACAGCUCUUUGCUCAACAGGACACCUUCCGAUUAUGAUCUUCUGGUGCCCCCUUUAGGUGAAGAUGCAUUUGAUAGCUCACCCCCUUCCCUACCACCCCCACCACCGCCACCUGCUCGGCACAGCAUGAUAGAGCACACAAAACCUGCUGGCUCUGGAAGCCGACCUCCUUCAGGACAUGAACUGUUCCUUAAUUCUGAUCCUCAUUUUGAUCCCAUAACUGGUCACAUUCCUUUGCCACCUGCUCGGAGAGUAACUGGAGAAAGUGUCAAAACAAACAGGGCAUCUCAAGACUAUGAUCAACUUCCUCCCUCUUCAGAUGGUUCACAAGCACCAGCCAGGCCCCCUAAACCACUUCCUCGGAGGACUGCACCAGAAAUACAUCACAGGAAAGCAUACAGCUCUGACAGUUCUACAGAAAAUGUGGAUGCAAAAAUUGCAAAACUUAUGGGAGAGGGCUAUGCCUUUGAAGAAGUCAAGAGGGCACUUGAAAUUGCCCAGAAUAACGUUGAUGUGGCCCGUAGUAUUUUAAGAGAGUUUGUCUGUUUUCCUCCACCGGUCUCUCCACGUCUCAAUCUAUAGCAGCGUCAGGAUAUUCUUGGAGCAUGUGAAUUCUACAUAUACACGUGUGGAUUGGGGAAUGAGAGAAAGAAGAGAAUGGAAUAUUUUUUUUUUCAUCCUUAGUAGAAGGGUGUUCAUUUCCAGCCGUUUAUCAAAGGCUCAUGGCUGCUCUGAUCAAGACUUAUAAAUAUGCUGAGGCUUAUGUAUUUUUGCUAGCCAUACUUUUUUAAAUCAGGGUUGAACUGACAAAAUAAUUUAAAGAAGUUUACUUCCCUAGAACUUUUAAUCUGUGAAAUGCUUUUUCUUGUUUACAAGUUGGCAAGUUACAAUUUUCUAGUUGAUGCCUGUACUAUGUUCCUGUUCAUAUUCCCUUGUACUUGUGGUCAGUUCUGUUGUAGCAUUCCCAACAGUUUCCGUGCUGGCCACCCCAUCAACUAAAUCAUCACUUCCCAGAAGUUCUGUGUUUGUUUUGUUGUUGUUGUUUUUUUUUCUCUUACAAGAUGCUUUAAUUGUUUUUUUGCAUUUCAGCUCAUCAAAUGCAAAAAGUAUGUGGCCUUCACUACUGAUUUUUAUUUCUUCUGAAAUUCCUUUGCUUUUGAGAGGAAAUAUCUGAAUGUAAAAUUCAUUAUUCUGUCUAUGAACUGCCUUUUUAAAGGUAUUGACGGUAAUGUUGGGCAGCUUUCUGUUUAACAUGAAUUCCAUGACCUGUAGCCCUCAAGGUCUUUUACCCAGUUUCCACAAAAAAAAUCCCAACCGACAAAUAAAACACUUCAUGCAGCAGUGAUACUGAGUUCUCACAUGUAAAAGCUCUUUCAGAUUUGAGUAUUUGAUAGCAAAUGUUCCAAAAAGUAAAACGCUCAUGAUAAUACUGUAUUUUGAUUACACACUAAUGGCACUGGUUCUCCAUGGGUAAAUUGAGGCAUGCCAGAAGGAAUCUUUUUGAAUCAUAUUAAUGGUAUUCAGGUAAAUUCCAGUUCUAGCUUCUGUAAAGUAGAAUGUGGUUAAUUUUUAGUUUGAGUGAUUAUCCUGUGAUUCAUUGUGGCUUGGAUCAGUCCAUAUUAACAUGAAAAUUUUAAAUCUUUGAUGCACUGUUAAUUUCUAAUGCUACUGUAGAAAUAUUUUUGCAAAGUUCUUUAGUAACCUCCUCCUCUGUACACUUUAUUUUUCUCAAGUAUGUGUUUAAUACCCAAAGUUAUUCACUCACCUUCCAACUGCCUAGUUGGAAAUACACUUUUGCUUUACAUGGUUAGUGAUACUCCAGGCUUUGACAUUUUAAUUCUCAGCCCAAACUGAUGCAAGCCAAAUUAAAAUCUUUCCAAUGUUAGAAGGGAGGAGAAGACAACUCUGUUUUCAGUAUACUCAAAGUGAAAAGUCCAAAUAUUUCCAGAAUAUUUCUUAAGAUUGCUGCUUUCUUGGUUUUUUUAGGAAACUCUGAAAUCGUCUUGUCUUUUAUUACUAUUGAGAAGAUAAAACCAUGUGGUAGGUAGAGUAUUUUUCACAUUUUGAGAUGUGACCAGUAUAUGGGAAUUUUCACAGUGUGCAAAACUGAGUAUGAGGUGUAUAGUUAUUGUUCCCUUUCAGCUGUCCAUGUUGGUCUUCACUCAGAGCAAGUGAUAAAAGUUGCAUCACUUACAGGAACAGAUCUCAGCAGCCAAUGCAUUUGUUUUAAAGAUUCUUUUUAAAGACAGCAAAUCCCUAAAUUGCAGAAUUCAAAAUAACUGGAAACAGCCAGUGGAGAUUACUGUGAUAUUUCCAAGUCCAUUGUUUCAUCAAAUAAUUUAUUCUUCAAAGUAAUUAAAUACAUUCUUUUUUAGCAUCACAAAGCAUAGUAUGGAUAUCAUUAAUCUGCUUUAGUGAUAAAACAUCAGGAGAAUUCAGGACACAGGGAAGAGCUUCUGUUCCCUUUUGAUUUCAGCAAAUUAUUCUGAGUUUAUGUCCUAGAAAAGGGCAUUUGCAACUUCCUUUAAAUGUUCAUUGAGUACAGCUUAGGAAAAGUUUUGGUGAAAGUUAUAUUCUGUGCUAUUAGUUCAAGUCUCUCUCCUCUGUUUUGGGAGAAGGUUCUGUGUAGUCUUGAACCCUCUUAUUAAUGAGGUUUUGUUUACAGCAUCACUCUAGCAUUUUAGCUAACUAUAAAUUCAAAACAAUCCAUAUUAUUAAAUUGAACACUGUGAUUGUACUGGAAUGACUUAAGUGAGGUUCUGACUUAACUGCCAGCAUAGCAAUGAUGACAGUGAAAAAAAUAAUGCUUUGCAAGGAUGGGGAAACAGGCUGCAGAUUGAAUUUGAAAUUUUGAAUUGUAAUGCAGAACUCAUUUUCUCCUUCUUAUGCAGCAGCUUAGUAUAAAUGCUGCUGGAACUGCUGCCUGGUAGAUUAAGGUUUUUAAAUUUUUCCUUCUUUCUGGUUGUGACCACCAGUGACACUUCUUUUUUUUUAGGAUGUGUUAAAAAGCACUUGGUGAGCAAUAUUCUGAGUGGUAACUUGAAGAGGGUUCCAUUUGUCUUUAAAUGAGUGUGCUAAUAACACUUCUAAAUAGCGGAAUGUGAAGACAAUUUCAAAACUGUGUUGGUUAAUAGUUUCAAAGUCAAGCAGAGUGAAUUUGCUUUGCCUAGAGUGUUGAUGUUCAGUGCACGGGAAUUGGUAGGCUGAAAGGAAAUGAAUCUGGCUACAGUCUAGUUCUCUAAACACAGUUCUGUAAACAUAUUUUUUACCUUUGAAAGACUUAAGGGCUUGAGUCUGACAGUGUGUUGUGCACAUAUGUAACUUUAAGGGAGACUGACUUCAGUGAGGGUGCUUGAAUGAGCAAAGUUGGUUGAACUCAGAAACGCGUGCUAUCAUAUUUCAUCCAAUUAAAUGUCUUUGCAGGCUUCAGACCAUCGUUCUGAUGUCUGUUGGCCUCACCUUUUAUCUCCUUUUGGCUGAAUUACUGCAUUUUAAGCAAAUUGGCUGAAUGAGAAGUUGAGCAAAGUAACUGGACAUCAGCAGCGUGGAUCUUUUCCAAAGACUUUGAGUAGAAAAAAAUUGAAAUGCUGAUAAAAUAAAUUAAUGUCAUACGAUUAGCCGUGUUAAUGGCUUGACUGGAACCCUAACAUGGCCACUGAUAAAAUUUGUUAAUGUGCAGUAUCUCAAGAGUGCACCCGGCACACUUUUUUUUUUUUUUUUUUUCAUAAUGUGAAUUUAAGAUGUUUUGUACCGGGAUCAUUUCUUCUGUUACAUUUCUCUCAUUUUCAGCUUGAAGCUUUACUUUGCACUGAUGACUCUGACCUGAAAGCAUAUACAAUUGUGUCUUAAAGCUUGACAAAUUUUGGAGCAAACAAGCACCAUAUUCUAAGCAAAUUCAGGUACUACAUGUUGACCUGGAAUUCAGCGCUUUUAGGAACGACUUAUUGAAAAAAGGACUUCAGUAGUUUCCAUUUUGAAGGAUUUUCUUUCAAAUAACUAUUUUAUCUGAAAAUGCCUUUUAUAAACUUGUCUAACAUGUGGCAAACUUAGUGAUGUGUUCAAUUAAUUUAUAUUUUAUUCAUUCUUUUUAAAUUUUGGUUAUUAUGUAAGCUCAAGUUCUUUAUCUGUUCUUGUAAGGUGUUUUAUAAAAUUAAUGUUAACAGCA